AUGACAGUAUCAAGUCACUAUUCAAAGGUUGCAUUGAGUAAUUCUAGACUUGUGAUCCCAGCAAAAUCAUUGUGGUUUUCAUCUUCUUGUAGGUUCCACUCGGUGGCAUAUCUCCAGCAAAUCUGGUGGUUUGAAGUCGACGGGGAGGUGGAGUUUCCAUUUCCGGCGGGAUCUUACGCCGUCUUCUUCAGACUGCACUUGGGUCGUGUCUCCAAGAGAUUUUACGGUCGAGUUUGCAACUCCGAGCACGUUCACGGGUGGGACAAAAAGCCGGUGAGGUUUCAGCUUUCGUCGUCGGACGGCCAGCAAGCGACGACGGAGUGUUACCUGAGUGAAGCCGGGAAAUGGGUUUACCAGCACGCCGGAGAUUUUGUGGUGUCGGAUUCUGGGAAAACGAUGAAACUGAAAGUUUCAAUGACUCAGAUUGAUUGCACGCACACGAAAGGCGGCCUUUGUGUAGACUCUCUUCUUGUUUGCCCUGCCGAGUAUAAACCCAGGUUAAAGCGUUUGUAAAUUUUGAGGUUAGCAUCUUCUUUUUAUGCGUGCCAUGGCCUAAACCUGUGUAUUUUCUGGGAUUUCUCGGCUGUUUGGUUCAGUUUUCUAUUCUCUUGUGUAUUCUCUGUUUUUUAAUGAGAAAAAUUAUGACAGUAUCAAGGUAA